CUUUAAAAAUGUAUGUCGGAAAAUUCAACAUCUAUGACAGAUAUAAGUACUCGAGUGUUCCUUCAGAUACCACAUGACAUGGACUCAGAUUUAUAUCUCUUCUUUGACGUUUUGAUGUCCGUUGGAUAUUAUCUUUUAACAGUCUACCUUAUAGUCACCAUCAAAUUGAAGAGCCAUUCUACUUGUUGUACUAAGGCUUCUCUCCUAUUAAAAGAUUUGCUAAAAGUAAAAAACAGUACAUUGAAGCACAAAUGGAACAUGCUAAUGAGGAGGCUACACUUUCGAAGCUGAGAGCUCAGUUGGCAUCCCAACACUCAUAUAUUCAUGAAGACAUCCAUUCUCUAAGGAGGAGAAAUUCUGAACUUACAGAAGAGCUGAAGGAUCUCUCCCUUCAAGUGCAGGAAUGCCUAUCCGAGACUGUCGCGAGCUUGUGUUCUGACCUGGCUCGACUUGAGGGUGCAAAUAUUCUGCAAGGGGAUCAUAACUUGAUUGUUCAUCGCCAGGAAUGCUACAUAAGCCAGCAAAAAAGGUUCAUCAAUCAUUUGGUGAAUCAGCUUGCUGCUCAUCGGUUUCUGGCGAUAGCCUGCCAGCUUGAAAGACGGACAAAAAUUUUGAGUGCCUAUUCAUUGUUGAAAGCUACAGAAAUGGAGCUGCAGAGCUACGUAUUAGCUGUCAAUAGUCGCCUGGACCAAUAUCAUCUAAUUGGCGAAGCCGCGUCUAGCAUGAUCGAAGAAGGGUCUAUUGAUGACCGGGAUACUUUUCUCCAUGCGGUGAGGGAUAUUCUUAGCAGUUACUCAGUUUUUGUAGGUUCUCAAACAAUGACACCAACAUAUGUUUCAGCAUGUGCUUUGGUUGAGCAGAUAUCUGAGUUGGAGGAUGAGCUCCACUGUUAUCAGCAUGAGCUUGAAAAUGUUCUUCCACGUGAACGGGGAAGAUUUAUCGAUGAACAAUGCAGGAUGGUCCAAAUACUCGAGCAGAUUUUAUCUGUACCCGUUACACAUAUGCUACCAAAAUUUACACCAUGGCCACUGGCGCAAGCACUUGAAGAAUUGGAAAUGAUCAGCUAUGAAGUCUCUGCUUCUGUUAAUGAAGUAAUGAUGGCUCGAGAGGAAAAGACCAAGAUGUUACAGCAGCCUUCACGCAAUGCGCAGCAGGAGAGACGCGUAUUCGCCGAUUUCUUCUGCCAUCCAGGACGGCUUGAGAAUCAAGUCAGAGAGCUGACUUCUCGUGUUAGAGGAAUCCCGGAGUAAUGUUGGGUAGGGUGGUCAAUAAGGCAAGUGCAGAGUCUUGUUUGCAUUCUUGUCUUGCUCAGCUCGAAGUCUUUCCUCCGGAGUUUUUUUUUUUGAAAACACAAGACUUAUUCAUUCAAAAUAACAAGUACAUCGUUUACGAGGAGGGUACAAUUUCACCCGAAGCCUCCUAAAACCAGUCACUAGUCAAAGAAAAUCUAGCUAGCUUAGCAAGCUCAUGAGCAACCUUAUUCGCUUCCCUAAAACAGUGUUCAAAACUAGUAUUCACGAAGCCCUAGAUUUUUGGUUUGGGCCGAGCUGGAUUUGAACCAGCGUAGACAUUAUCAACGAAUUUACAGUCCGUCCCCAUUAACCACUCGG